GUACAUGGUGUUGGUAUCUCCGUUGUAAAUGCAUUGUCAAGCUGGCUGGAAUUAACUAUUUGGCGCAAUAAGAAAGAACGCUUUAUGUGCUUUGAAGAUGGUGAAUAAAUAAGAAGACAAACAAAUGAGGGAAUAGAGUAACAUUUAUACCGUCAACGGAGAUUUUUAUUAGCAUUGAUUUUCUCCACUCUUGAUAAUCGUAUCAGAGAAUUAGCUUUUUUAAAUGCAAAU